GAAAUGAAGAACCGCGUUAAGCAGUCAAAAGAAGCUUCAGAUUGAAGACAGAAGAAAAUACCACGCCCAAUUUGACUUCAGAAAAGAAACCAGCUUUUUGACAUACAUCUUUUCUAAACUCUAAUAUUCAGUUUUUGAGCUGCUUUUAUUGGCAGAACAGAAGCCAAAGAAGAUUUAUCGUCUCACUCGGCUCUCUCUCUCAAUCCCAUUUGCAAAAAAGAAAAAAACAGUCUUAGCGUUAUCUUUUACAGAUGACGAUGAGGAAAAAUAUGACUAUCCCGUCGCUUCUUCUCCAUACAAUACUACUCCUCAACACUCUGCUACUACUGCAAACAAUCUGGGCCGAUCCAAGAGCUCAAACCGUCAAUAUCACAUGCGGGACUGUCCGCGAACACAACACCACGAUCUUCGUCCAGAAUUUUGUCGCCGUGAUGGAGAAAAUCAGCGAGCAAAUGCGGACACACGGCUUCGGACAGGCCUUGGUUGGUACCGGCCCCGACGCCAACUACGGCCUAGCGCAGUGCUACGGCGAUCUCUCGCUCCUAGACUGCGUGCUGUGCUACGCCGAGGCGCGGACCGUGCUCCCGCAAUGCUUCCCUUACAAUAGCGGACGCAUUUUCCUCGAUGGCUGCUUCAUGAGGGCGGGGAACUACAGCUUCUAUGAGGAGUACAAGGGGCCUGAGGACAUGACAGUGUGUGGGAAUGCAACUAGGAAGGGUUCGGUUUUCGGGGAGUCGGCAAGGCAGGCCGUGGCGCAGGCGGUGGCGGCGGCGGGCGCGCCAAGCAUUACUAGAGGGUAUGCCAAGGCUAAGGUGGCUGUUCGUAAUGAGACUGCUUAUGUGUUGGCUGAUUGUUGGAGGAGUUUGAACCAAAGCUCUUGUAGUAAGUGUUUGGAUAAUGCUUCUAGGUCCAUAGUCAAGUGUUUGCCUUGGUCAGAAGGAAGGGCAUUGAAUACUGGCUGCUUUAUGAGGUACUCGGACAGGGAUUUUCUCAAUAAGGAAGCUGGGAGUGGGAGUUCAAGAGCAAGCUGGGUAGUGAUUGUAGUCUCGGUUGUCAGUUCCGUUGUCGUUUUGGUAGUUGGAGUGGCUAUUGGACAUCACAUAUGGAAGAGGAGAUACAUACAAAAGAAACGAAGAGGUUCAGAUGUUGCAAAGAAAAUGGUGAAGACCCUGAAUGACAGUAGCUUGAAUUUCAAGUACGCUACGCUAGAGAAGGCUACUGGAUCUUUUGACGACUCCAACAAACUUGGCCAAGGAGGUUUUGGAUCAGUUUAUAAGGGAGUUCUACCCGAUGGAAGAGAGAUUGCUGUGAAGAGGCUUUUCUUCAACAACAAACAUAGAGUAGCAGACUUUUACAAUGAAGUCAACAUUAUAAGCAGUGUGGAGCACAAAAACUUGGUUAGGCUGCUUGGUUGCAGCUGUUCAGGCCCUGAAAGCCUUCUUGUCUACGAAUACCUCCCAAACAAGAGUCUUGACCGCUUCAUCUUUGAUCAAACUAGAGGUAAAGGACUGAACUGGGAGAAGAGAUAUGAGAUCAUUAUUGGCACUGCAGAAGGUCUAGUUUACCUUCAUGAGAACUCCAAAAUCAGGAUCAUUCACAGGGACAUCAAGACCAGCAACAUCCUGUUGGAUUCAAGGCUUCGUGCAAAAAUUGCUGAUUUCGGGUUGGCCAGGUCGUUCGAAGAGGACAAGAGUCAUAUCAGCACUGCCAUUGCAGGGACAUUGGGAUAUAUGGCUCCCGAGUACCUAGCUCAUGGCCAAUUAACAGAGAAAGUAGACGUUUAUAGCUUUGGUGUGCUAUUAUUAGAGAUUGUUACUGGAAGGCAGAACAACAGAAGCAAAACUUCAGAAUAUACAGACAGCCUAGUCACACUUACAUGGAAGCAUUUUCAAUCGGGCAAAGCUGAGGAACUAUAUGAUCCAAAUCUCAUGUUGCACAACUACAGAGACAGUCAAAACCAAAUAAAGAACCAGAUAUCAAGAGUGGUGCAUAUAGGACUUCUUUGCACACAAGAGAUUGGGUCGUUGAGACCAACAAUGUCAAAGGCGCUGCAGAUGCUAACAAAGAAGGAGCAGCAACUUCCUGCACCCACCAGUCCACCUUUCAUAGACGAAAAGACCAUGGAAUUCAACGACACCUGCGAGGACCCAUCUUACCCCCUCAACGGAGAUGAUGCCGGUUCUGUUGCCAAUUUCACCCACAGUUCUUUCUAUCCCCGGUGAAAGGCAAGAACUGAAAGACAGGACUUUAUCGUCCUGCGAUUUUGAAUCACAGAAAUGAAGCAUGGUCCUGCUUUGGCCUCUUGCAGGCGUUUCGCAUCCAUCUUGUGAUGGGAAGAGUUUUGAGGAAUUUGUGAAUAAAGUGCAAUGGGGGCUUCCAAGCAUAUGUAGAUAAGUUUACGAGGGAAGCCAAACCAGCGUCCAAGUUCCAAAUAGAUUGUGGGGGAGUACACAAGUUAUGUAACAUAACCCUGUAAGAAUGUACUGUAUUGGACUGAUUUAUUAACGUUCUAUUUGUUAGAAAGCUUAGAAAUUGUAGUUUGUUCUGAAGUAUAUACUUCCAAGUUUUAGUUUCUUAAGGAAGAAUAGAGAGGAUAGUAAAAGACAAGAAAUGGCGGCCAAACUGAGAUUUGAUUUUUCCCA